CAUAUCCGUCAGUCCAACUGUAGUCAGUCAGUAUCUGGCGCGAGCUUCGUGCGUUUCGCUGAGUGUCUGUGAUUUUGAGUUUAGCUUGUUUGGGCGUUGCCCCAUUUCCUCGAUCAAUUUUGGAGGGAAAUCGCGAUCAGCCAGCGCCGGUGGUCAUCCGAAUGGUCUACGUCCGGUGUCGGAACGUGAAUUUCUCCGAGUUUCGGGAAGGUUGCUGGAUUUGUGUAAACAAUAUCGGCUGGAGCACAAAGCAGCGAGGGGUGUUGAUAAAUAAAUAAAUUUCUGUAUUGUGGUUGUGGUUCUAAGAGCGUCAAACCCGUGGAAGAUGAUGGUCGGCAGGUGCCAAAGCGAUUAGUGGCCGUGGCAGGGGUGUUGGCGCGCGUGUGGCGAAUUGAUAUUUUUAGGUCGAUUAGUUCGCGGCGGUCACUUUAGGGACGAAAGUGUUCUGCGAAAUUUCAAAUCGACGGUGGAUUUCGACGGGAGUGCACGUGUGCGGUCCGCGAGUACGGUUGACGAGUUUUCACGAGUACGAUGACGAAUUUGCUCAAGUUGUCGUUAUCAGUGCGCCUUUGGGUCGUAGUCUUGUGUUUUGCUGUAGAUAGUCUUGGCCAGCGGCAGCUGCCUUGUGAGUUCCGUGACUCAGUGAACAUAAGCGGGGGGACGGUUGACGCGCAAAGCAAUAUCCACCAUGACGGUAUCAAGUACGAACCGAGGCAUUACGCGCUGAUAAGCUACGACUACGCGGGGUUCGACACCAGGGUUGAAGUUCCCGUUGCUUACGCGCGGGGUUGCAUCUGCCAGCUGCGGAGUUGUGUCCGGUUGUGCUGUCCCGUGGGGCAGUGGCUGGCCAGUGAUGGGAACACCUCGGCUUGUGUGGACAGUGACGGGCCGUUUAGGGUGCGUGUCAACGUAAGCACCACUAGUGGGGAGGUGCAAAGUGUGAAUCUGCUCGAGGAGCCCAAAUUUGGAGUCGUUCAUCAGAAGCCAUGCGCGGGGAUGUUCCCGGAAGCGCUGGACGAGUGGAGUGUUGACGAUUUUGGUUCACUGCAAUUUAUGGGCGAAAGCAUUCCGCAGAACGAGUACUGUCUGAAUGUGGAAAACAGUUCCGGUGAGCCAGCGCUGUACUUUUGCCCCAUCACCCAUGAGGCCGCAUCGGUUACUAUGAAAAUUGGAAUCAUCAUUUCCAUCCCCUUCCUGCUGGCAACCCUGCUCAUCUAUGCGUGCCUGCCGGAGCUGCGAAACAUCCACGGCAAAUCGUUGAUUUGCUAUGUUUUCUCGCUGACCUGCGCUUAUCUGGUGAUUCUGCACCUGAACAUGGGCUGGGGCUUCAUUCCGUGUAAGGUGGUGGGCUAUCUGUUCUACUUUUGGGUUCUGGUGAGCUUCUUCUGGCUGAACGUGAUGUGCUUCGACAUCUUCUGGACGUUCAGCAGCGGAGUGGUGAUCAAGAACGAACGCCGGAGAUUCUGGUACUACUCGUUGUACGCCUGGGGCUCGGCGUUUGCGCUAACAAGUAUGCUGCUGCUCAUCGAGAAAACGGACCUGCUGCCCGAGCACCUCAGACCAAACAUUGGAAUCAGCAGAUGCUUUAUCAACAGUGAAAAAAUUAUCGAGUUUGUCUACUUUUACCUUAUAAUACUGCUCAUAGUGGUCCUCAACGUGUAUUUCUUCAUCGUAACCGCGGUUCGGAUCAUCCGAAUCCAGCGAGCUACGGACGCUGUGCUGAAGCAGGACUCCCGGCGGCACAGCAAGUUUGAGAAGGAUCGCUACCGGUUCAGUCUGUACUUGCGGCUGUUUGUCGUGAUGGGAGUCACGUGGACGUUCGAGCUGAUCUCGUGGGCCGUCGGGGAGAACGGAUAUCUGUUCUACGUGACCGACGUUUGCAACUGUCUGCUCGGGGUGAUCAUCUUCUUUUUGUUCGUGUGGAAGAAGAAGGUUCGACAGCUGGCGCUGAAAAGGAACCCCACACGCACUUAGCCGAACCAAGUCGACGACGCUCAACACGACGAGUUCUACGUGUACCGCCACCGCAAGCGCAGCCGCCGCAGCAACCACGAGGGAAGGCGCAAUUCCCCUGAACCGUACAACGUCCAGUGAUUCACAGGCAUAGUUCGCGCACACGUGUCCGGAUGAAAGUAGUGCUCUCUCUCUCUCCGUGCGAGGGGACGUAUGUGCCAUAUACUAAGAGGGAUAUUUGUGAUUCUUAUGUAUGUACUAGCGGGUAAUGCCAAAUAAUGCUUUUGACUGCUUUAA